GCUUUCCUUUCUCUUCCAGUCAGACAACUAUCUCGAUGAGUGCUAUUGCCCCAUGACACAAGUACGCUCUCUGAUUGGCCUUCCAUGCAUGAGUGACGGCAGAAACAGCUUAUAGACGCCACGACUUGGCGGCGCUACCGAGGGGCUGUGGGCGCUGCAGCUGGACCCUCGGGCUGUCAGUGCGCUUCCAACUCCGCACCCCUAGCCAGUGCGGCGCCCGCACUAUGGCAGCCCCGCCGCAGCUGCGGGCUCUGCUCGUAGCCGUCAAUGCACUGCUGCGCAAGCGCCGCUACCACGCUGCGUUGGCCGUGCUUAAGGGCUUCCGGAACGGGGCUGUCUAUGGAGCCAAAAUCCGGGCCCCUCAUGCACUGGUCAUGACCUUUCUCUUCCGGAAUGGCAGCCUCCAGGAGAAGCUGUGGGCCAUCCUGCAGGCCACGUAUAUGCACUCCUGGAACCUGGCAUGGUUUGUGUUCACCUACAAGGGUCUCCGUGCCCUGCAGUCCCGCAUACAAGGCAAGACCUACCCAGCGCACGCAUUCCUGGCGGCCUUCCUCGGGGGUAUCCUGGUGUUUGGAGAAAACAAUAACAUCAACAGCCAGAUCAACAUGUACCUGUUGUCACGUGUCCUGUUUGCCCUGGGCCGCCUGGCUGUAGAGAAGGGCUACAUCCCUGAACCCAGGUGGGACCCAUUCCCGCUGCUCACCGCAGUGGUGUGGGGGCUGGUGCUCUGGCUCUUUGAGUAUCACCGAUCCACCCUGCAGCCCUCACUGCAGUCCUCCAUGACCUACCUCUAUGAGGACAGCAAUGUAUGGCAUGGCAUCUCAGACUUCCUCAUCUAUAACAAGAGCCGCCCCUCCAAUUAAUGCAGCCCUGAGGUGUCUGGCUGUGGCUCAAGAUGUGGCUCCAUGCAGACCCUCCCAAAGGAUCCUGCCUUCUCAAGAUCAUGGAGCUCAGACUCUAACCGGUGUUAUCCAGGUUCCAUUUGCUGAAGUAAAAACACUGAUUUUCAAAUCCCAGUGGGUACCUUUGUAUGGUGGCACGAGUGGCUGAAUCAGGCUGAGGAAUCUAGGGCUUGGUUCCAGCUGCGCAGCUGACUUCUGUGAGACUGGGGCCAGCCACACCACUCUCUAGGCCUCAGGGGUCAUAGAGCUCAGAGGAGGGCCCUGAGGUCUCUUUCUGGUGGGAAUGUUCAUUCUUCAACUGUUCUUAUAUCACAGAGGGCUCCUUGCUGGUGGGCAGUGGGUUGUAAAUACUUUUUAAAAAACACUUAAGUUCCUCAUCUCAGAUGUUGUUCUAUUGGAGAAGUUCUAGAGUCCCACUGUCCAAUAGAAACAUGUGAGCCAUAUAUGUAAUUAAAAUGUUUCUAGUUACAAAAAAGUAGAAGGCUGGCUACUGUGGCUCACUCCUGUAAUCCCAGAACUUUGGGAGGCCAAGGCGGGUGGAUCACUUGAGCUCAGGAGCUUGAGACCAGUGUGGGCAACAUGGUGAAACCCAGUUUUUACAAAAAAUACAAAAAAAUUAGCUGGGUUCUAUCACCUGUGGUUCCAGCUGAGGUGGGAGGAUCACUUGAGCCUGUGAGGUCAAGGCUACAGUGAGCAAAGAUCACACCACUGCACUCCAGCCUGGGCGACAGUGACACCAUGUCUCA